AUCCAAUUCAGAAUUCCAGUUGAGCCCUCGCAAAUUAAUUCCUACAUUCAGCCGCUAUGUUCAUCUUCCUCUCUGCAUGCCUCCAUAGUUAUUUUCAACUAAUUUUAUUGGCUUUGGCUCACUGCAACUAACGUAUAGUAAUACUGGAAAAAUAGGGUUUUGUUGAUUUUCCUUUGUGUGGUACAAGGUUUGGAAGUCAAUUUGGGUUUUAUUUUUGAACAUUUUUUCUUGUAUUACAUUGUAGCUUAAAUGGCUGGUCCCAAACUCGGUAAGAAAUCGGGUUCUAAAUUAGGGAAACUGCCUACCAAGAAGAAGCAAAAGAAAGAACCUUUGGUACCUAAGCCACUGGAAAAGGAGGAACUUUUUAGUGACAGUGAAGGAACAGAUGGCGAUUUUCAAGAAAAUGAUGGAGGUUUUGAUGAUAAAGAGGAACAGGAAAUGAACUCAAAUUCUGAUAUGUCUUCUGACGUCGAUGACCCCUUUGCUGCUGAUAUAUUAGCAAGUGGUGAUGCUGACGAUGGUGCAGAUGUUAAUUCAGAUUCAAAUGUAGAUUCUGAUUCUGAUGCAGAUGAUACUGAUCUUGUAAGGAAGUCAAAAGCUAUUGAUGAUGAAAGGAAAAGAGAAAAAAAGGACAAUGAUUUAGAACUGCAGCUCAAUAUUAAAGAAGAAGCUGAUGAUUUCAGACUGCCAACAACUGAGGAGCUUGAAGAAGAAACACAUAGACCUCCGGAUCUCUCUAACCUCCAAAGGAGGAUAAAAGAGAUUGUUCGAGUGCUUUCAAACUUGAAGUCAUUGAGGCAAGAAGGUGUGACACGUAAGGAUUACGUUGAUCAACUUAAAAGGGACUUGGGUUCAUAUUAUGGAUACAAUGAUUUUCUGAUUGAAGCGUUGGUGGAGUUAUUUCCCCCUGUUGAGCUGAUUGAACUUAUUGAAGCAUUUGAAAAGCCUAGACCAAUUUCUCUACGGACAAACACUUUAAAGACUCGCAGACGGGAUUUAGCUGGUGUUCUUCUUAACAGAGGUGUCAAUUUGGACCCAUUAAGCAAAUGGUCAAAGGUUGGACUAGUUGUAUAUGAUUCUCAAGUUCCAGUUGGUGCCACUCCUGAGUACAUGGCUGGUCAUUACAUGCUCCAAAGUGCGAGCUCUUUUCUGCCUGUAAUGGCCCUUGCCCCCCAGGAGAAUGAACGUGUAGUUGAUAUGGCUGCUGCUCCUGGAGGCAAAACAACUUAUGUUGCUGCACUGAUGAAAAAUAGUGGUAUUAUUUAUGCAAAUGAGGUGAAGGAGUCAAGACUUAAAUCUCUCACUGCUAAUUUACAUCGCAUGGGGGUGACAAACACCAUCGUCUGCAACUAUGAUGGAAGAGAGUUGCCUAAAGUUUUGGGUCAGAACACUGCUGAUAGGAUUUUGCUGGACGCUCCCUGCAGUGGCACUGGGGUAAUCUCCAAAGACGAGUCUGUUAAAACUUCCAAAACUGCACCUGAUAUACAAAAUUGCUCACAAUUGCAGAAGGAACUAAUACUUGCAGCAAUUGACAUGGUUGAUGCCAACUCAAAAUCAGGUGGAUACAUAGUGUAUUCGACCUGCUCCAUUAUGGUUGAUGAGAAUGAAGCAGUUAUAGAUUAUGCACUCAAGAAGAGAGAUGUUAAGCUUGUGCCAUGUGGACUUGAUUUUGGGAGGCCUGGAUUUAUUCGCUUUAGGCAGCACCGUUUCCACACAUCUUUGGACAAGACAAGGCGAUUCUAUCCUCAUGUGCACAACAUGGAUGGAUUCUUCGUAGCCAAGUUGAAAAAGAUGAGCAAUUCCAAGUCUGCUGCAAGAUCGUCGGUUCAGUCUGAAGAAAUACAAGGUGCUGAAAGCAUUGAGAGCAACGACCAGCAGGAUUCUGAAGAGGAUGACGACAAGCAUUCAGAUAAAAAAGGCAUUGCAAAUGAGAAUGGGAAAUUGAAAGAGGAAGUAGCUGGUGAUAAAAAGAGGAAGAGGGAUGUCCAAAAUCAUUCAGUUACGAAAGGUGUUGGACAAAACAGUGGUGUAACUGAAAAUGGGAAGGCAGAAAACCAAUUGGUGCCAACAAAAAGGAGGGAAAAGAAGAAACCCCCUCCUAGAGAGGAAAUUGCAAAAGCUAGGGAAGAGAAGAGGAAAGCUCUUAGGGAAGCAACCCGAAAAGCCACGAUGAAGAAAAAAUGAGGUCUCUGGUGAUAGGCCAAGGAUAUUUUGUCAGAGGCAACAUGAGCGAACAACAAAACUAAAGAUAUUCUCUUGUGAUGUUGUCGAAGCUUACCUUAUCAGCAGCUGCCAGCUAGUUGUAAUAUUUUUGUUUGAUGACUUUGAGAUGAGGAGGGUUGGAGGGUCGUGUAUGGCUUGCUUUAGAAAAUUGAAAACUAGGAUUCAUCAUGAAUCCAAAAAUUUUGUAUUUAUACUUUUAAUUUAAUUGGGAGUGAGCAAUGAAAAUUACAAAGGGAAAAGGUAGUUUAUAUUCCUUCAUCUAUUUCAAUCCUUUUCUAUCA